UCCCCGUGUGGAGGCUUGUCUGGAUCCUGGCACCGCAGACGGCAGGAAGCAUGUUCCACGGAAUCCCCGCCACCGCGGGAAUGGGAGCCCCAGCAAACAGGCCGGAACUAUAUGAGGAAGUGAAGCUGUACAAGAAUGCCCGGGAGCGAGAGAAGUAUGACAACAUGGCCGAGCUGUUUGCAGUGGUGAAGACCAUGCAGGCCCUGGAGAAGGCCUACAUUAAGGACUGCGUCACCCCCAGCGAGUACACGGCGGCCUGCUCUCGCCUCUUGGUCCAGUACAAGGCCGCCUUCAAGCAGGUGCAGGGCCUGGAGAUCAACGCCAUCGACGACUUCUGCCGCAAGUUCCGGCUCGACUGCCCGCUGGCCAUGGAGCGGAUCAAGGAGGACCGGCCCAUCACCAUCAAGGACGACAAGGGCAACCUGAACCGCNACGUCUCUUCUCCCCUCCAGCUCUUCAUCACGGUGAUGGACAAGCUGCGCCUGGAGAUCCGAGCCAUGGAUGAGAUCCAGCCCGACCUCCGGGAACUGAUGGAGACCAUGAACCGCAUGAGCCACCUGCCCCAGGACUUUGAGGGGCGGCAGAAGGUGCAGCAGUGGCUGCAGACCCUGAGUGGGAUGUCCGCCUCGGAUGAACUGGACGACUCCCAAGUCCGGCAGAUGCUCUUUGACCUGGAAUCGGCCUACAACGCCUUCAACCGCUUCCUGCAUUCCUGAGGGCCAGCCGAGGCGCCUGCUGUCGCAUGCAGGCCUGGGGUGUGUGUGUGUGUGGGGGGGGAAGAGCCCCUCUCUCCUUUCCUGCCCGGGAACGCCAGAGGACCUGC